AUGACUUCGGCGACCUCAAAUUCGACAACCUCUUAUUCGACGACCUCAAAUUCGCUCGACGACCUCGACUUUGGUGACCAUGACUUCGAAGAUCUUGACUUUGUCAAUCUUCAGUUCGACGACGUGGACUUCGACGACCUUGACUUCGAUGACCUCGUGUUGGACGACCUUAACUUCGAUGACCUCGAGUUUAAAGACAUUUCAACCGACGACAUUGUGUUCGACGACCUACAAUUCGACGACCUUGACUUCGACGACCUUCAAGUCGAAGAGCUUGACUUCGACGACCUCCCAUUCGACGACCUCUUAUUCGACGUCAUCGGCUUCGGUUACCUUGCCUUCGACGACCUUGACUUUACCAAGCUUCAGUUCGACGACCUCGACUUAUGUGACCCUGACUUCGACGACCUCAAAUUCGAAGACCUCAAAUUCGACGACUUCUAA